UACAGCCAAAAUGGCGGAUACCACCGAGCCAAAAACGAAAGCAAUGCCAGAAUCUGAUAAGCAAAAGGAGCAGAGUGUACCGUUUUAUGAGCUAUUCUCAUUUGCCGACAAGUACGAUUGGUUUCUCAUGAUAUUGGGGACCGUCGGAGCCAUUAUUAACGGCUCUUCGAUGCCAGUCUUCUUCGUCUUGGUAGGCGACAUGCUUAAUGGGUUUGGCAAAAACCAAUCUGAUUUCAACACCAUGAUUCAAAAAGUAUCAAAGUAUUCCUUGUACUUCGUCUAUCUCGGGUUGAUUGAUUGUGUAUCUUCAUAUGCAGAGAUUGCUUUUUGGAUGUAUACUGGGGAGAGGCAAGCGGGUACAUUGAGAAAGAAGUAUUUGGAGGCUGCGUUGAAGCAGGACGUUGGAUUCUUCGAUACAGAUGCUAGAACUCGAGAUAUCGUUUUCAGCAUCUCAACUGAUACCCGGCUCGUUCAAGAUGCCAUUAGUGAGAAGAUGGGAAAUUUCAUCCAUUAUGUCUCCACUUUUGUGACUGGAGUAGCGGUUGGUUUUGUAGUAGCAUGGAAGCUAGCUUUACUUAGUGUGGCAGUGAUUCCAGGAAUCGCCUUAGUUGGGGGCAUGUAUGCAUAUAUUCUAACAGGUCUCAUGUCCAAGAGCCGUGAAUCAAAUGCAGAUGCCAGUAUUAUCGCUGAGCAGGCCAUUGCACAAGUUAGGAGUGUUUAUUCUUACGUUGGCGAGAGCAAGGCCCUCAAUUCCUAUUCAGACGCUAUAGAGCACACAAUGAGGAUUGGAUAUAAGGCUGGAAUGGCUAAAGGACUAGGACUGGGAUGCACUCAUGGAAUCAUAUUGAUGUCAUGGGCUCCAGUCUCUUGGUACGCCAGUCUUUCCGUUCGAACUGGACUAACAGAUGGAGGGAAGGCGUUGACCGCUAUCAUAUGUGCAGUUGUUGGGGGCAUAAACUUAGGUCUGUCAUUUUCACACCUCGGGGCAUUCAGCAAAGGCAAAGCUGCUGGGUACAGGUUAAUGGAGAUAAUCAAGCAGAGACCAACCAUAAUUCAAGAUCCUUCCGUCGGGAAGUGCUUAGCUGAGUUCAGUGGGAACAUAGAGUUCAAAGACGUAACUUUCAGCUACCCAUCGCGACCAGGUGUCAUCAUAUUUAGGGACUUCUCAAUUUCCUUUCCUGCCGGGAAGACAAUUGCUGUUGUUGGUGAAAGUGGAUCAGGAAAAAGUACCAUUUUCUCCUUGAUAGAAAGGUUCUAUGAUCCUAAUCAGGGGCAAAUUUUACUUGACAAUGUGGAUUUGAAGACACUACAGCUGAGAUGGUUGCGCGAUCAAAUUGGACUGGUGAAUCAAGAACCAGCUUUGUUUGCUACCACCAUAAUCGAGAACAUUCUCUAUGCGAAUCCUGAUGCAACAAUGAUUGAAGUAGAAGCAGUUGCUUCUGCUGCUAAUGCGCAUAACUUCAUUACCAUGCUUCCUGAUGGAUAUAACACCCAGGUGGGAGAAAGAGGAGUCCAGCUCUCUGGUGGCCAAAAACAGAGAAUCGCAAUAGCAAGAGCUAUGUUGAAAAACCCAACGAUCCUUCUCCUUGACGAAGCAACAAGUUCCCUCGAUGCAGGUUCUGAGAGCAUUGUUCAAGAAGCUCUAGACCGCCUCAUGGUCGGGAGGACAAGUGUGGUUAUCGCCCAUCGCUUCUCUACCAUAAGAAAUGCUGAUUCAGUUGUAGUUAUACAGCAAGGCCAAGUCGUUGAGACAGGAACCCAUGAAGAACUGAUUUUGAAAGGUGGCGCCUAUGCUUCGUUAUGUCGAUUCAGAGAAACGAUGGGAAACAGCGAUUUCUCAAAUCCUUCAACUAGACAUCCGUGCUCACCGCGACUAAGCCAUUCUCUGUCCCCAAAAUCUCUUAGCCCUCACUCCAGGGGUUUCAAGAAUUCGAGCUAUUUGUACGACGAUCAAGCUAAUGGUAGGCUGGUCUCAAAUCUCCAAACAGAAAGAAAAAAUCCAGGCUUAUAUGGGUACUUAUGCCGGCUUCUCAAGCUUAAUGCUCCAGAAUGGCCUUAUUCCAUAAUGGGUGUAGUUGGAUCAAUUCUCUGUGGUUUUAUCAGCCCGACAGUUUCCAUUGCGAUGAGCAAUAUUUUUGUGGUGUUCUACAAAAAAAAUUAUGCAGUCAUGGAGAGGAAGACAAAUGAGUAUGUUAUGAUCUUCAUUGGCACAGGUCUUUAUGCGGUGGUGGCUUAUUUCAUACAAUAUUAUUCAUUCGGUAUUAUGGGAGAGAAUCUCACUACAAGAGUGAGGAGGAUGAUGCUUGCAGCGAUACUAAGGAAUGAAGUCGGGUGGUAUGAUGAGGAGGAGCACAACUCGAGUCUCAUGGCAGCUCGUCUAGCCACAGAUGCUGCAGAUGUGAAAUCUGCCAUUUUUGAGAGAUCCUCAGUUUUACUGCAGAAUGUUACAUCCCUCCUCACUUCAUUCAUAGUUGCUUUCAUUGUGGAUUGGAGAUUUUCCCUUCUGACAUCAGCCACCUUCCCUCUUCUUGUCUUAGCCUUUUGUGCUCAGAAAUUCUCACUCAAAGGCUUUGCCGGAGACACAGCCAAGGCACAUGCAAAGACAAGCAUGAUAGCAGGGGAAGGAGUGAGCAAUAUCCGAACCGUGGCUGCCUUCAAUGCCCAAGACAAGACCCUCUCCCUCUUCCGCAAUGAGCUUCGCGUCACCCAGCUCCGAAGCCUCAGCCGCAGCCAAACGGCUGGCAUCCUCUUUGGCCUCUCUCAGCUCUUUAUGUACUGCUCUCAAGCGCUAUUCUUUUGGUACGGAGCCCACCUUGUCAAAAAAGGCACCUCAACUUUCUCACAAAUCGUCAAGGUUGUUGUCAUCCUAGUCAUGGCAGCCAGUUCUUUUGCCGAAACCCUUGCUCUUGCCCCCGAGAUAAUCGGAGGCAGUCAAGCCAUUGGAUCCAUAUUUUCCAUCAUCGACCGCUCCACCAAGAUUGAUGCAGAUGAUCCGGACGCUGAACCUGUUGAUUCGGUCCUCGGUGAAAUCGAGCUUUGCCAUGUGGAUUUUUCGUAUCCUUUGCGACCGAACGUUCUUGUUUUCAAGGACUUCAAUCUUAGGAUCCAAGCGGGCCAGAGCCAAGCCCUUGUUGGAGAAAGUGGGUCCGGAAAGAGUUCCGUAAUUGCAUUAAUAGAACGAUUCUACGAUCCUUUGGCAGGUACUGUUAUGAUAGACGGAAAAGACAUCAAACGGUUGAACUUAAAGGCACUCAGGCUUAAAAUAGGAUUGGUUUCUCAAGAACCAGCCUUGUUCGCAGCAAGCAUUUUCGACAACAUUGCCUAUGGGAAAGACGGAGCAACUGAAGCAGAGGUCAUGGAAGCUGCGCGAGUGGCAAAUGUGCAUGCCUUCAUUAGCGGAUUACCGGAGGGGUACAAAACCCCGGUUGGUGAGAGAGGGGUUCAGAUCUCUGGAGGGCAGAAACAGAGAAUUGCCAUUGCACGGGCAGUUCUAAAGGACCCCGCAAUACUUUUACUGGAUGAGGCCACUAGUGCGCUCGAUGCAGAAGCCGAGUGUGUCUUACAAGAGGCGCUUGAGAGUCUCAUGAGGGGCCGAACCACCGUGCUCGUGGCCCACCGGUUGUCGACGAUCAGGGGAGUAAAUAGCAUUGCAGUGAUCCAAGACGGGCAGAUUGUGGAACAAGGUAGCCAUUCAGAGCUAGUUAGCCGGCACGAUGGGGCAUAUUCUAGACUCCUGCAGCUGCAGCUCCACCACAUUUGAUCCAGUUUGUUGAUUCUUCCAAACAAACAAAAAACCGUUGCAUUUUAUUUUUUAUUUCUUUCAUUUUUGGUGAUUUCCCUUGUUAGAAUAUAGUAAUCAUAUAAUAUCAUAAUCAUGUGCUGAUAUGAUUACGAUAAUUUAUUACAAUUUCAUUAUAAUUGGGAUGAUUUCCUUUCAUAGUUAGGCUCAUUUCUCUUGUAUAAAUAAAGGUCUCAUCGUACGGUUUCAUUAUCUAAUUCAAUAAAAUAUUUCUUUUCUUA